AUGGCUCCUCGAGAACUCAGUAGGACCAACAUUAACAGAGGGACACAAAGUUCCCAGUCUGAGGAUUCGGCGGCUUUGCGAGGCUCCAAUGGUUCGGGACAAGACACAGACAGCAGAACAGAGAGCAGGGACACAAGAACCAGAACAGAGAGACAGACAACACAGACAGAACAGAAAGCAGGGACAAGAACAGACGCAGAAACAGAAAGCAAGAACAGACAGCAGAACAGACGCAGAACAGACAGGGACAAGAACAGACGCAGAACAGCAGGGACAGACAGAACAGACAGCAAGAACAGACAGAACCCAGACAAGAACAGACGCAGAACAGACAGGGACAAGACAGACGCAGGACAGACAGGACAAGAACAGACGCAGAACAGACAGGACAAGAGACGCAGGGACAAGAACACAGAACAGCAGGGACAAGAACAGACGCAGAACAGACAGGGACAAGAACAGACAGGACACAGACGCAGAACAGACAGGGACAGAGAACAGACAGGAAGAACACAGAAACAGGACAAGAACAGACGCAGAACAGACAGGGACAGACAGGGACAAGAACAGACGCAGAACAGACAGGGACAAGAACAGACAGGAUCAAGAACAGACGCAGAACAGACAGGGACAAGAACAGACGCAGAACAGACAGGGACAAGAACAGACGCAGAACAAAACAGGACAAGAACAGACGCAGAACAAGACAAAAAGAACAGACGCAGAACAGACAGGGACAAGAACAGACGCAGAACAGACAGGGACAAGAACAGAGCAGGGACAAGAACAGACGCAGAACAGACAGAGCAGACAGGACAAGAACAGACGCAAAACAGCAACAAGAACAGGACGCAGAACAGACAGGACAAGAACAGACGCAACAGAACACAGACGCAGAACAGAACAGGGACAAGAACACGCAGAACAGACAGGGACACAGACGCAGAACAGGGCAAGAACAGAACAGACAAGAACACAUACGCAGAACAGAAAGGACAAGAACAGACGCAGAACAGACAGGGACAAGAACAGACAGAACAGCAGGGAAAGAACAGACGCAGAACAGACAGGUUCAAAACAGACGCAAGACAGACAGGACAAGAACAGACGCAGAACAGACAGGGACAAGAACAGACGCAGAACAGCAGGGACAGAACAGACGCACAGACAGGACAAGAACAGACGCAGAACAGACCACUUUUUGUCACGCUGCUCUCGGCACUCGGGUCACGGGUCACACUCUCGCGGGGACCCCCUGCCGACUCAAAACAUAUGAUCACACUCAGUUCUUCUCUAAAUAAUCCAGGGCGGACUGCCAUGUCGUGCCAAGUCCUGGUGGCGCCGAUUCACGAGUAG